ACUACACUUUUCUCUUUCUCUAUAUCUAUCUCACUACUUCAUAUUAGAACACUAUGAAAUCAAGAUUUUUGAGAGGGUGUAUUAACAAAUGCAAGAAAAUGGGAAGCAUAGUAAAAACUUGUGGUGUUUGUGAAGACUUUUGUGAAAGGGGUUUAUGGUCUUCUUUGCAUGAGAGUUGCUCAAUACCAAGUGAUGUUCCAAAAGGUCACAUGGUUGUAUAUGUAGGUGAGAAUCACAAAAGAUAUGUAAUCAAAAUUGUAUUGCUACAUCAUCCACUUUUCAAGGCAUUGUUGGAUCAAGCUCAAGAAGAGUAUGAUUUCAUUGCUCAUUCAAAACUAUGCAUUCCUUGUGAUGAACAUCUUUUCCUAAAUGUUGUUCGUUGUGCUGCCUCUCCACAAAACCAAAGGGUGUAUUUGUGUCUAUGAGAAAUUAAUCACUUUGUUGAUGAGACAUUAAUUAUUAGUUUUUAUAAUGUCAAAAUUCUUUAAGCUUUAUUUAGCUAACUAAGCUGAUGAUAUUAUUGAUAUGCAAUGUAGUAUGUUGUAAGUAUAGAUUGAGAUGUAAGUGAUGUAAUUUCAUCAAUUUAAGAAGAGAGAGGAUUCUAAUUUGUUUC